AUGGUUAUCUGUUCUAUGGUAAAUGAUAUCACUAAGUACUCUCUGUCACGACUCCUCUUGGGCUAUGACAUGCGGACACCUUCUACCUGGUCUUCUUCUACUACCAAAUUUAUUACAAGAAAUGCAAGUACAGAAGUUCAAGAUCGGAUCAAAGUCAUUGAACAUCUCAUGCCUGAAGUUCAUGAAGAAGUGCAAGAGAAAACAAGGAAAAGGCAAGAGCAAGCCAAGAGCCAAUACGAUCUUUGCGUGAAACCAAGAAAACCGUUCAAACAAGGAGAACAAGUACUAAUGAAGGACCAAAAUUCUCCUGCAAAGCUUUUGGAUCGUUGGUUAGGCCCAAUGACAGUAUCCCACGUCUACGAAAACGGAACCUACCAAUUGACUGGCCCAAACUUUCUUCAAUUAAAGGGUGUGAUAAAUGGCAAUGUUUUUAUUCCAUUUAAAAGUCGAUACGGUAUGGUCCCAGCAGAAGAAGUUCAGCAUUCGGAAACUAAGUUCCAAGCAUGGCUAGAAGGAUGA